AUGGAAAAAGAUGGGAGACCCAGCUGGGACAGCCCCACGCAGUUCGUGCUGGCGUGCGUGUCUUAUGCGGUGGGACUUGGGAACGUAUGGCGAUUUCCUUACCUCUGUCAAAUGCACGGUGGAGGGGGCUUCUUGAUCCCAUAUCUCAUCAUGCUGUGUCUAGAGGGCGUGCCCUUGUUCUACAUGGAGCUCGCCAUUGGUCAGAAGAUGCGUUUAGGUAGCAUUGGUGCGUGGUCGGCAAUCAGUCCUUAUUUGGGAGGAGUGGGUCUUGCUAGUGUUGUGACAUCCCUGUAUCUGUGUCUCUAUUACAACAUCCUCAAUGCAUGGAGUUUCUGGUACCUCUUUCAUUCAUUUCAACCGGUCCUUCCCUGGGCAGAGUGCCCCUUAAAUUCCAACCUCACAGCACCUAUAGAAGAAUGUGAAAAGGCUACACCCACCCAGUACUUCUUCUACAGGGAAACACUGAACAUCUCUCCCUCUAUUGAAGAGAAUGGAGGCAUUCAUACAGGCCAGGCGUUGUGCUUCCUGCUUACUUGGGUGCUUACAUACCUGUGCAUUGUCCGAGGAGUACAGUCAACUGGAAAGGUGGUGUACUUCACAGCCACAUUUCCAUAUGUGGUCCUAUUUAUCUACCUGAUCCGGGGUUUCACUCUUCAUGGUGCCGUCAAUGGUGUCAAAUACAUGUUCACACCAAAGAUGGAGGAGCUUGCCAACCCCAACGCGUGGAUCAAUGCAGCCACUCAGAUAUUCUUCUCUCUGGGUUUGGGUUUUGGGUCACUGAUAGCUUUUGCCAGUUAUAACCAGUACAACAACAACUUUCAGCGCCAGGCCAUCACUGUCUCUCUUAUCAAUAGUGGAACCUCCGUCUUUGCAAGCAUUGUCACUUUUGCCAUCUAUGGGUUCAAGGCCACCGUCAACUAUGAGAGCUGCUUGGAGAGGACACGGAUACUGCUGUUGAAUACUUUUGAGCUAGCGGAGGACCGCAUCACUAUAGAUAGCGUCUUUGAGUGGGUUGAGAAGCUGAAUGCAACAUACCCACAGCAAUUUAGUGAAAUUGCUGACCAACUGGAAAACUGUAACCUGGAGAAUGAACUGGACACCGCUGUAGAGGGGACGGGUCUGGCAUUCAUAGUGUACAGUGAAGCCAUUAAGAACAUGCCAGUGUCUCAGCUGUGGUCAGUGUUGUACUUCGUCAUGCUCCUGCUGUUAGGAGUUGGCAGCAUGUUGGGUAACAUCACCGCCAUCAUCACCCCACUACGAGACUUCAAGGUUGUGUCCCGCAUGAGCAACGAGGUAUUUAAUGGUUUAGUCUGUGUGUUCUGUCUGCUGCUGGGCCUGGGCUUUACCACCACAUCAGGGAAUUAUUGGUUUACCAUGUUCAAUGACUAUGGAGCCACUUUCUCCCUGCUGUUCAUCGUCCUCAUCGAGGUCAUAACUGUCAGUUACAUCUAUGGAAUUAAAAGGUUUGAAAAAGACAUAGAAGACAUGCUCGGUCAUCGCCCCAACUGGUACUGGAAGAUCAUGUGGACAGUAGUCAGUCCCCUCCUCCUCAUCAUCAUCUUCAUCUUCUACAUUGUCACCUACAUCCAGGGAGGGACGCCCACCUACCAAGCAUGGGACAAAGAACAGGGUAAAUCAGUGGUGACGAACUAUCCUGUCUUUGGUCAAGUGUUCAUCGGCCUGCUGCUGGUGUCCUCGGUCAGCUGUGUUCCCCUCACAGCUCUGUACGUCUUCUGCAGAAAGAGGAAACAAGGAAAACAUCACAAGCAGGAGAAUUCUCUGAAUGCAGUAUCGUUUUAG